AUGACGAACGAAGGACACAGUAGCGGCAACACCCCCGUCGUCCGCCAGGAUGGUGGGAAGAAGAACAAGAAGGGGAAGAACAAGCAGAAGGGUAAUGAACCCAAUCUACCCAUUCCGCCACCAGGCGAUCUUCCACCAAGCGAUCCUCCACCAAGUGAUCCUACACCAAGCGAUGGACGAACUUCUCUCCCACCCGCUAUUGUCGAUGGAAGUGACGACGACAACGGCGAAUAUGUUGUAGACGUUACUAUUGGACAUGAAUGGAUUGCCAGCGUUGAGAUGGCAAGGCAAGCGGUUGAGAUUUUAGGCCAGCGCUUGAAUGGAUUGGACAGGAGCUUCAAAGACCUUGAAGAGCACGCUCUUGAGGAAGUUGAAGACAUCCGGAAGGAGUUGGAGGUACGCAAGCGGACUGAAUUAGCGAUGAAGGAAACCAUUACUUCCUUGGAGUUCAGAUUCUUGGACGCCCUUGGGACGAUUGAGACGCUGAAGAACAAGGUAGAGACUCUCGAAGAAGAGAGGGAGGUUGGUGCAUCAACAUCACUUGGCCAGGAAAGGGAGACCAGAGUCGAGGUUCCCAAGCCACCAAUAUUCAAAGGUGUCCGCGACGCCUUAGAGGUGGGAAAUUUCCUAUGGCACUUGGAGAAUUAUUUCAAGUGUAAUCGGCUCAGGAGCGAUGUAAACAAGAUCAACACUGCCGUGUUGUAUCUUUCCGACGUAGCCAUGUUAUGGUGGAAACGCAAAGAUGCCGAGAUUGAGAGGGGCACAGGCACCAUCAACACAUGGGAACAAUUCCUUGAGGAAUUCAAGAAAGCUUUCUUCCCCAAUAAUGCUGUUUAUGAAAUGAAACGCAAACUCCGGGAGUUGAAGCAGACGGGAAGUAUUAGGGCAUAUGUGAAAGAGUUCACAAUCUUGACCCUUCAAAUUCCCCAACUCACGGAAGAUGACAUGUUGUUCACCUUCAUGGACGGGCUGCAGAAUUGGGCGAGGACCGAGUUGGAGCGGCGUCAAGUAAAAACCAUUGAUGAAGCCAUCACUCAAGCCGAGACCUUGACAGAUUUCAAACAUGAUCGUUUGGACAAGGCGAAGGGCAAGGAGGCAAGGGGCAGUCAAGCUAAAGGCGGGGGAGAUCGUGGCCAAGGCAGAGAAUUGUCGGCACAACCCAAACAACAUGACACGCCCAAACCGGAUGGCAGACGGUUUGAACGCCAGAAGUACUCGGAGAAGCGGACGCAGUCCAGCAAAGGAGACGGGUGCUACAUAUGUGGCGGACCACACGGUUACGCCAGGUGCCCAGAGAUGAAGAGCCUUGGUGCCAUCGUCCAUGAGCGGAAGGAAAAGGAGGCACAAGACAAGGCAAAACCGGCAGACACCACUCAGUUGGGCAUGGUUGGGAUAUGUGGAGCCAUAGCCAAGCAGGCCGACAAGCCAGGAGAUUUCAGUACGCAGUACGUGGACAUCUCCAUCAAUGGGCAACAAUUUCGGGCCAUGGUGGAUUCCGGGGCUGAAGCCAACAUCAUGACCAAAGCGGCGGAAGAGAAAUUGGGACUAAAAAUUGUUCCAAGCAACAAUCGCCUCAAGACGGUCAACGCCCCACCAACUCCCGUAUGUGGAGUCGCUCAUGGGGUCAGCAUCACUUUAGGACGGUGGAAAGGUAAAACGAAUUUUACAGUAGCUCCUUUGUACAUAUGCGAUGUUAUUCUUGGACAGGAAUUCUUUCAGCGUUGCCACACGAUGAUUGAUCCCUACCUUCAACAACUCAUGGUGAUAGAAGGGGAAGGGUCUUGUAUGGUGCCUCUUGUUAAGGUGCCAAAGAAAGAUGGAUAUGCCCAAUUAUCGGCCAUGCAGAUUGUGAAGGGCCUGAAGAAAGGAGCACCAACCUUCUUAGCCACCAUUGCAAGUUCGGGUGAAGACCAUGGUGCUAUGGAGCCAUUGCCACCUAUCAUAGAAACUGUUUUGGAGGAAAACAGUGAUGUGAUGCUGGAGGAGCUGCCGAAAACUCUACCUCCAAGGCGUGAGGAACUGAGGAAGCAGUUGAAAGAGCUCCUCGAAGCAGGUCACAUUCGUCCAUCCAAGGCACCCUAUGGGGCGCCGGUGCUGUUCCAGAAGAAGAAGGACGGGUCGAUGCGUCUAUGCAUUGAUUGCAGGGCGCUCAACAAGAUCACAAUCAGGAACAAGUAUCCAAUCCCGCUGAUCGCAGAUUUGUUUGACCGUCUUGGAGAGGCCAAGUACUUCACAAAGAUGGAUCUCCGGAAAGGCUACUAUCAAGUGCGCAUCGCAGAGGGGGAUGAACCAAAGACAACAUGUGUAACCAGGUACAGAGCAUUCGAACGGUUGGUGAUGCCCUUCGGCUUAACCAACACACCUGCCACCUUUUGCACGCUGAUGAACGAGAUUCUACACCCCUACUUGGACCAGUUCGUAGUAGUGUACUUAGAUGACAUAGUCGUCUAUAGUAGCACUUUGCAGGAACAUGUGGAGCACUUGAAGAAAGUCUUCAAAGCCUUGCGAGAUAACCAGCUUUAUGUCAAGCGGGAGAAGUGCGAGUUUGCCCAACCCAAGAUACACUUCUUGGGCGAUAUGAUCAGCCAAGGCGAACUUCGGAUGGACCAGUCAAAGGUAAAGGCAAUCCAGGAUUGGGAAGCGCCUGCCAAGGUGACCGAGCUACGUUCAUUUCUUGGACUUGCUAAUUAUUAUCGCAGGUUCAUUAGUUGAUACUCCGCUAUAGCCGCCCCACUGACCGAGCUGCUGAAGAAGAACAGGCCAUGGGUGUGGAGCGAGGAGUGCCAACGAGCAUUUGAAGGUCUUAAGGCUGCGGUUAUUGAAGAACCAGUCUUGAUGCUGCCCGAUUUUACAAAGACCUUCGAGAUCCAUACGGAUGCUUCGGAUUUUGCCAUUGGGGGAGUCUUGAUGCAGGAGAAACACCCCAUAGCAUUUGAAAGCCAGAAGUUAAAUGAAGCUGAACGACGGUACACUCUGCUGGAGAAGGAGAUGACGGCCAUUGUGCAUUGUCUACGCACAUGGAGACACUAUCUACUAGGCUCCAAAUUUGUAGUGAAAACUGACAACGUUGCCACUAGCUAUUUUCAGUCGCAAAAGAAGAUCACACCAAAGCAAGCUCGUUGGCAGGAUUUCUUGGCAGAAUUUGACUACAACUUGGAGUACAAACCAGGAAAGGGCAAUGUGGUAGUCGAUGCAUUGAGCAGGAAGACUGAUUUAGCGGCCAUCUCCUCAGUCCGUAGUGAAUUCCAAGGCGCAAUCAAAGAUGGUAUGCAACGCGAUCCGGAAGCCAAGAAGAUUAUGCAGCUGGCUGCUCAAGGCCAAACCAAACGGUUUUGGGUAGAAGACGGAUUCUUGCUUACCACUGGACGGAGAGUUUAUGUACCAAAGUUUGGAUUCAUCAGGCGGCGUAUUAUCAAAGAAAGCCACGACACUCCGUGGGCUGGGCAUCAAGGACAGAAGAGAACGAGGGCAUUAGUGGAGGCCUUCUAUUUCUGGCCACGUAUGCGGGAAGAGAUCGAGCAGUAUGUGCAGACUUGUCUUGUGUGCCAGCAAGAAAAGGUAGAGCGAAGGCAACCAGGAGGGCUGUUGGAGCCACUACCCGUAGCUGAUCGUCCGUGGGAGAGCAUAUCUAUGGACUUCAUCAUUUCUUUGCCAAAGUCAAACGGGUUUGGCACUAUUAUGGUCGUAGUGGAUAGAUUUUCCAAAUAUGCUACAUUCAUGCCUGCCACAGCCGGUUGUACUUCUAAGGAAGUUGCACAAUUGUUCUUCAAAAAUGUAGUGAAAUAUUGGGGGCUGCCGAGGUUCAUCAUCAGCGAUCGGGAUCCUUGUUUCACUGGGAACUUUUGGAGUGAACUCUUUGAAAUUCUGGGUUCAAAUCUUCACUUUUCCACCAGUUUCCACCCCCAAACUGACGGCCAGACCGAACGCGUCAACGCUUUGUUGGAGUGCUAUCUUAGGCACUAUGUCAGUGCGCAUCAGAAAGAUUGGGCUAAGCUCCUAGACAUGGCGCAAUUUUCUUAUAAUUUGCAGAGGAGUGAAUCUACAGGGCGCACACCGUUCGAGUUGGCAACAGGUCAGCAACCCCAAACUCCACACUCACUGCCAACCUUAUUUGAGGGGAAGAGUUUGGGCGCUUACAAUCUUUCCAAGGGUUGGGAAGAUCAACUCGACCUUGCAAAAUCUUAUUUGGAUAAGGCGGAAAGAAGGAUGAAGAAGUUCGCCGACCGCAAGCGUCGUCCCACCAACUACAAAGAAGGCGAUAUGGUUUUGGUAAAGUUUAAUCCGAGGCAGUUUAAGACACUGAGAGGCAUGCAUCACAAAUUAGUGCGGAAAUAUGAGGGUCCGUUCAAAAUUGUUGCUAAGGUGGGCAAGAUUUCAUAUAAGUUGGAGUUGCCUCCACUCUUGAGGAUCCACCCGGUCUUUCAUGCAAGCGUCCUUAAGCCAUAUCAUGAAGAUAAGGACGAUCCCAACUGGAACAAAUCACAACGGGCCCCUAUCACUGUUACUGCCUCGCAUGAUAGAGAAAUUGACACCAUAAUAGAUUACCAAGCCAAGCGGAAACGAGGACAGCAGGCCAGUGCCAUGUUUCUCGUACAUUGGAAGGGACAGACUCCUGAAGAAGCCACUUGGGAGAAGUAUGAAGACUUGUGGCAGUUCAAAGACAAAAUUCAGGAGUUCUUGCAGCAAUGCGUCGCGGUCGUCGCAUCAUUAGGUGGGGGAGAUUGUGACGUCCUGCCAUUCAUCCAGGCAGAACGCCACCAGUCUAGGCGGUUAGCAGCAUGUACCAAAGGACAGGCAGUCCAAACUGGCCAGCAAGGGCAGGCGUUCAAGCAAGCAGCCGUUACGGCAGUUUCAGCCGUUUCAGCUGUUACGACAGUUACAGCCGUUACAGCAGGUGAAGAGGCAGCAGUUUCAAGCCUUGGAGAGGCUUGUUCAAGGCCUCUAGGCGUUGGGGCAGACUAG